AUGGAAUCAAAUAUAUCAUCUAACACUGAUGAUUCUAAUGGGAAUCAUUAUACAUUUGAUAAAGAUGAUGAAUAUAAUAGUGCAAAAAUUUAUUUUUUGAAUAUUGUUAAUUCAAUCAUUAUUGCUGAAGGUGAAUUACUGCCAAGAAGUCUAAGAACAAGAAACUUAGAAGCUGAUUUUGAUGAAUUAUGGAGUCAAUAUAUUUUAAUGAAAAAAAAUAAAGUUUCAGUUCAUGGAAUUUCUAAUGAGGUUGAUCAAAAUAAAGAAAAUGGAAGAGGCUCUAAUAUACUUUCAUUAUCGUCAUCUUUUCAGCAACCUUCCGGUGGCAAUGGAACCGAAUCUGUUUCAAGAAAACCAUUUCUUUGCAACAACAACACCAAGUAA